AUGGCUCCGUCUCAAUCAUUAAUUCAUUUUUCACCUCAGCGGCGUAACGAACCUUCUAGAAAGAAACCAUUCUUACCUACCAUUCUCACACCUUUCAUUGCGUGUGCUUCUUCGUGUUUUUUCAGCUCUCUCUGGGGAAUCUUGAAGACUAUACAAUUAUUUGCUCUCUUCUAUUUAGGAUCGGCUGUUCAGAGCUGUAAACGUGAUAUGUCACCGUUGCCGGUGAAGCAGAGCAGUGACUCGACGGUGGGCACCGGUAGCGGCGGAGACUCGCAAAGGUCUGUUCCAACGCCAUUUUUGACGAAAACGUAUCAAUUGGUGGACGAUCCGUGCAGCGAUGAGUUGAUCUCGUGGAAUGAAGAUGGAACGACGUUCAUAGUAUGGCGGCCAGCUGAAUUCGCCAGAGAUUUUCUUCCCAAAUGCUUCAAACACAACAAUUUCUCCAGCUUUGUUCGUCAACUCAACACUUAUGGAUUUAGGAAAGUAGUACCGGAUAGAUGGGAAUUUGCAAAUGAAUGUUUCAGAAGAGGCCAAAAAGGACUGUUAAGAGACAUUCAGCGCAGGAAAAUCUCGACUGGCGCCACCACAGCAGCAACCACAGCAAUCGUUGCCAAUGCCCAGGCAGUAACUGCUGCUGUUCCGCUUGCUGCAGUUGUAGCGCUCUCUCCGGCGAACUCUGGUGACGAGCAGGUUCUCUCCUCAAACUCUUCUCCUGUCGCUGCUGUCACUCCGCCACUGUCGUUGCAGACUUGCACAACUGAACCGGAGCUUCUGGAGGAAAAUGAGAGAUUGAGAAAGGAGAAUUCACAGUUGAGACAAGAAUUAAACAAAUUGAGGAGCUUGUGUAGCAAUGUAUAUAAUUUGUUGUCGAAUUACGUGGAAACCUAUGGGAAUACAUGUAGAGUAUCGUUGCUGGAGGGAAGAGCGUUGAAUUUGAUGCCAGAAAUGCAGGUCAGAGCGGAGGAUAAUGGUGGACCAAAAUCUACCGCCACAGCUCCGGCAAUGGAGGCCGAGGAAGAGAAGACUCCAAGGCUCUUUGGGGUUUCAAUUGGGGCGAAACGCGGUAGGACUGAAGACGACCUGGCAGAAGAUCAGAUCCUUAAGUGUGAAUUGGACGUGAAAUUCGAGCCGUUAGAUCCUAGCACUGGUAAAUAUCAAGAACGUUGGUUGCAUGGAUAA